AUGCCCAGCCACAGCAUCCAUCUCUCCAAAUCCUUCAAUCGGAAGGUGGAUGAGCUGGUGCAGAAAUACGACCGCAGCAAUGAACCCAGCCCAGCCUUGCGUGAUUUUCUCCGGAACGCAGAUGGACUGACUUCUCUCAUGAACGCUAUCCGACGCCAUGUCUUGCUCGUUCAAUCUCGGUCCAAGGACAUCGAGGACGCGCAGAUCACCGUCUACGACAGCGCUCUGUUGAUUCUGUCGAACCACGGCGAUGACCCCCGAGACACCGGCGCGCUCGAGCUGUACUUGGCCGAGUUUCUGGGAAUCGUCCCAACCUCACCUGGCUCCCUGGACCGACAGAAGAUCGACGACCAUGUCAGUCUUGAAAGCGCACUGACCAGAGCUACGGAAUCCGGACACACCACGGACAGAACCGCAAGUGCCGACGAAGAGGACAAAAAGCCCGAUCACGCAUCGAUGUCCCGCAACGAAGUCUCGAGCUUCGAUGACGAUCGCCUCCGAGCACAGGCGGACCGUCUGAUCGAGGUCUACCGUCUGGCUAAGAGCGAAUACUACGGCGAGAAGAAGCGCGAUGGCGUGGACCUCCUCAGCUUGGUUCGAUACCUCCGCGACACGGCCGAGAAUACGCUUUUGUACCUCCAGGCGAACGGCAUGGCGGACCAUCCUCUCGUCUCGGAUAUCAAGUAUUCGUUCGAGAUGGCAAAGGACAAGGCCGCUCAGCUGUCUGGGGGAAGAGCACGCCAUUUCGAUGAGCCUUUUAAGGACUCCGGCAGACGACAUCUCAGGCAUACUAAACGGAGACGGUCCCAUCGGAGUGUCGAUUCUUACCGGCCUCGUGAUUAUAGAUGAAGUCGUCUACCAGAUGGGCUGGCGUGGUGGUUGGAUAUGGAGGAAUGAUCGAUCGCUCGUAUCCGAGACAUUGAGACCCGAGGUUGACACGAGUUGUGCUAUCUACCAAUAUGAAUGCUGAAAUUCUCACCAUGUGGCUCAGGGGGGACGAGGAGAGGGACA